CCCUUUGCAGUAGUGUGGACUGUAGAGUUGUAGACAGAGCCGAGCAGAAGCGUGAACAAACAGAAGUAGUGCCAUAAAGUGAACAUUUGACACUAUCGCAAAGCUUUUUCACUUUUACCGCGUGGAUUCGUCUUGUACUGUCAUCAGAGAGGGACGCCGACAGCUUACAACGCGGGCGCGUCAGCUGGCAUGAGCUAACCCACCAGACAUGGAAACCAAACCUUUCUUGUCAUUGGGGUUCCUGAAACCCCAGUGCUCGCUACCACCGCCACCUCAGAGAGGACGAGCAGAAGCAUGUACGUGUUUCAGCGGAAUGUGUGCUCUUCAUCAACGCAGGCUUUCUACAGACUCCUCAGGACAGGUGACGUCUUCUCCGCUUAGCUCACCCACGUCCCACCGGGGGAUGCACCCGUCACUGCUGAGCCCGACUUCUUUAGGCCACUCGGGGUCUCUGCACUCCCCCAUCAGCACUCUGAGCUCGCCCAUGAACGGCUUGGGAUCUCCUUUCUCUGUCAUCAGCUCACCCAUGGGGCCACAUUCUAUGGCGUCACCCGGGAUGGGCUACGGCCCCAGCGUCAGCCCACAGCUGAACUCGCCCAUGAACUCUGUCAGCAGCUCAGAAGAUAUCAAGCCGCCCCUGGGCAUCAACGGUGUGAUGAAGGUGCCAGCCCAGCCCUCGGGCACCCCGCUUUCCCUCACCAAACACAUCUGUGCCAUCUGCGGCGACCGCUCCUCAGGUAAACACUACGGUGUGUACAGCUGCGAGGGGUGCAAGGGUUUCUUCAAGAGGACUGUGCGUAAGGACCUGACCUACACUUGUAGAGACAACAAGGACUGUAUUAUCGACAAACGCCAGCGCAACCGUUGCCAGUACUGCCGCUAUCAGAAGUGUUUGGCCAUGGGCAUGAAGAGAGAAGUAUUGUUACAUACAGCCGUUCAGGAGGAGCGCCAGCGAGCCAAGGACCGCAACGAGAACGAGGUGGAGUCGACCAGCAGUGCGAACGAAGACAUGCCUGUGGAGAAGAUUCUGGAGGCGGAGCUUGCCGUGGAGCCCAAGACGGAGACUUACAUUGAGACCAAUGUACCGAUGCCCUCGAAUUCGCCCAAUGAUCCAGUCACAAACAUCUGUCAGGCCGCAGACAAGCAGCUCUUCACUCUAGUGGAAUGGGCCAAGAGGAUCCCGCAUUUUUCCGAGCUCCCGCUGGAUGACCAGGUCAUUCUUCUACGAGCAGGAUGGAAUGAGCUCCUCAUUGCGUCAUUUUCACACCGUUCGAUAGCAGUGAAAGAUGGGAUACUGUUGGCCACAGGAUUGCACGUGCACCGGAACAGCGCCCACAGCGCCGGAGUAGGAGCCAUAUUUGACAGGGUGCUGACGGAGUUAGUGUCCAAGAUGAGAGACAUGCAGAUGGAUAAAACAGAGCUAGGGUGCCUUCGAGCCAUCGUCCUCUUCAAUCCAGACUCCAAAGGCCUGUCAAACCCAGGUGAGGUGGAGGCACUGAGAGAGAAGGUCUAUGCUUCUCUGGAAGCCUACUGCAAACAGAAGUACCCUGAACAACCUGGAAGGUUUGCUAAGCUGUUGCUACGGCUCCCUGCCCUGCGUUCCAUUGGACUGAAGUGUUUGGAGCAUCUGUUCUUCUUCAAGCUCAUAGGGGAUACGCCCAUCGAUACCUUCCUCAUGGAGAUGCUAGAGGCGCCCCACCAAAUGACAUAAUGACAUAACGCCCUCCUGUCGCCGGGGGGGGACGCAAGGGUCUGCCACCCCAAAAGACCCCUUAGAAACUGAACACGUGAUACCAUUUGCCAGAGCGAGGGAACUUUCAAAACGGCCGCUCAACUCAGCGUUUCCAAUACACACAGUCAUGGCGUCCAUGGGUCUGUUUUAUACUUUGUAUAAAGAUAUAAAUAUAUAUAUAAAACACAAUAAGAAAAAAAACAACAAUGGACUUCAAGCCCACAGACAACAGUGGACACGGGUGUAUUAAACUAUCCUUCAAUGGGUACAUGUAUAAAAAAAAAUUAGAUUUGAUCAAGGUGCAGUAAUUGCAGGAAUCGUGUAUGUUAGGAUAUAAUGGGUCUUACGGGAGGGAUCCACGGCUGUAAUCAGCCUCAUUCAGGAUUGGAUGUGGCCAUCCUGGGCUGGCGUGUCUGGGCACAUGAAGACUUAUGGGAGAUGAUAAAGCGGGUUUCUAACACAAACGUUGUGUUUCCUAAUGGGAGUUGCGAAUACAAUCCUGCCAUUUUCCCCUCAAGCAACCUGUUCCCGAUAGAAUGUUCUUGUAAUUACUGUCAAAAGCGAGUUUGCUCUGAACGAAGGAACCGCGUUCCUUGUCCCAGUUCACCCCGAGCAAUAAGGACGUAACUUCUGGAUCAGACACGAAGGCUGAAUUCAACGUCUAAUGAGCCACUCUGAGUUUUGGAUUAUGAUCAUUCACACUUUUUCAUUACGCACUCAACACAAGCUUUUAAAAAUCCAAUCUGCCUGUUCUCACAGAGCCCAAGAGGACGCUUAUAGUGGACAUCCCGCCGCCUAUAAGUCACCCACUGUGUCUCGGCUGUAUACCAAUUCACCUCAAGUGGUUUUCCAAACGAGCUUGACACUUGUACAGUUUAUUACAACCAAUUCAGUAUUGGUAUCCUGUAUUUUUUUGAAUGAUUUUUUUCAAAACGUGUGCCGUUACCUCUCUUUCAGUCACGGUAUAUCGAGUCCUUUGUGUCGCCCGUCCACUCCUGCAUCUCAGCAUUCAGGUCGUGCAAAUGUAUUAUCAUUAGGAUGUUUCAAAGCACUUAACCUCGUUUCAAGUCCCUUUGUUGUGUUUUUGGGGCUGUCUUUUUGUUUCCAAAAUUUGUAAUUUGCCAUCUUCAGCAUUUUCUUUUUUUUUUUUUCUGUAUGCUGCUGCUGCUGCUAAACUAUGCAUUUAGCAUUUUGUUUCCCAAAGACUGUCCAUAGUGAGGUUGAUUUUUAAAAAUCUGGCAACGAAGACCACAUGUGAACAACGUUACACCACCAGGACCAAGAUUCGGGUUUCUAGCAGUUAUAGAAAGA